AUGAGCACCAUAUCCCCGUUAUCCAAGAUCAUUGGUCUCUCGUCGGUCCUUGCCGUGGGGUUCUUGUUCAUUGUGCUUGCCGGGGCGAUCUUUGGCAACUGGAUUGUUCUCUUUGUUGGGCUAAUAUUCGCGGUUGGGUACUUGCCAGUAGUGGCCACCCAAGGAUUCCUGUCCAAUGGAUUUUAUGAUGAUCUCAUGAACGAGUCUUCCAACCAGGUUCAGGACUUGGGGAGGUUUGUGUCAAGUUUCUUAACAGUUUCCGGGCUUGCCUUGCCAAUUGUUCUAUUGCAUUGCCACUAUCUAACGUACACCGCAAUGGUGAUGACAGAAGUAGGAGGUGCCUUGAUAUACGCUACAGUGGUGGUAUUUACUAGUUUCUUUGAUCAGUCAGAUGAUGUGAACCUUGGAAUCUAA